AUGUUAACAAUGGUGUUUAAUCCAUCCUAUACUUUUCCUUCCCCUCUUCCUAUAAAUACCAAACUUCCAUUUCAUUCCCUACAACAACGCAUUCACAAUAGUCCAGCGAUAUUGUAUCUCAAGAACAAAAAUCAACUCUCGAUUUCUGAAUUUACAAACCAAUAUCUAAAACCAACAUUUCCUUUAAUUUCAUCUUUUAAGAGAAGAGACGUUGAGUUUGAAGAAAUGACGAUCAAAGCAGCGGUUAGGGUUUCCGACGGGAAACUGAUGGUGAAGGAUCGGAUUAUUCUUAACGGAGUGUCUGACAACGUGACGGAGACAUCGGCCGAGAGAACUGGACCGGUGGACGGAGUUUUUUUAGGAGUGGAAAUGGAGAAAGAAGAAAGCAGGCACGUGGUUUCUCUCGGAAAGUUAACGGACGUUAGAUUCAUGGCGUGUUUCCGUUUCAAGUUAUGGUGGAUGGCACAAAAAAUGGGAGAUAAAGGAAGUGAAAUUCCGUUAGAAACUCAGUUUUUAUUGGUUGAAACCAAAACUGGGUCCCACCUUGAUUCUGAUAUCAUUUACACUAUUUUUCUUCCUUUAAUUGAAGGUUCAUUCAGAGCGUGUCUUCAAGGAAACGCUUAUAACGAUGCUCUUGAACUCUGUUUAGAAAGCGGUGACGUAGACACCAAAACGUCGUCGUUUUCUCAUGCUUUAUUCAUCAGCGCCGGUACUGAUCCGUUUGCCACCAUUCAUAAUGCUUUCGCGGCGGUUAGGAAGCAUCUCAACACUUUCCGUCUCCGUCACGAGAAGAAACUCCCCGGGAUUGUUGACUACUUCGGCUGGUGUACGUGGGAUGCGUUUUACCAGGAUGUUACACAGGAAGGUGUGGAGGAUGGUUUACAGUCGCUCGUCACCGGCGGAACGCCGCCUAAGUUUGUUAUUAUUGACGACGGAUGGCAGUCGGUUGCCGGCGAUGGUGAUGAUUCUUCAUCGUUGCAGAGGCUUACGGGGAUAAAAGAAAACGCUAACUUUCAAAACAAAGAGGAUCCAGAAUUAGGGAUAAAGAGCAUUGUAAACAUCGCAAAAGAAAAACACGGUGUGAAAUUCGUUUACGUUUGGCACGCUAUAACGGGUUAUUGGGGAGGGGUUCGACCGGGUUUGGAAAUGGAAGAAUACGGUUCAGUGAUGAGUUACCCUGAGAUUUCAAAGGGAGUUAGAGAGAAUGAACCAACAUGGAAAACCGAUCCAUUAGCGGUUCAGGGUUUGGGUUUAGUGAACCCAAAGAAGGUUUUCAGUUUCUAUGAUAAUUUACAUAAGUAUCUCUCGGGGGCCGGUAUCGACGGUGUUAAAGUUGACGUGCAGUGUGUUUUGGAGACACUUGGUGCGGGCUUGGGUGGUAGAGUUGAAAUUACCAAACAGUACCAUCAGGCUUUGGAUGCUUCUAUUUCUAGAAACUUCUCUGAUAACGGUUGCAUCGCCUGCAUGAGCCACAAUACUGAUGCGUUGUAUUAUUCGAAACAAACUGCUGUUGUUAGAGCUUCUGAUGAUUUCUAUCCGCGUGAUCCGGUUUCGCAUACUAUCCACAUUGCUUCUGUUGCUUACAAUAGUGUUUUCCUUGGAGAGAUUAUGCAGCCAGAUUGGGAUAUGUUUCACUCGCUUCAUCCCGCGGCUGAGUAUCACGCAUCAGCCCGGGCUAUAAGUGGCGGGCCUGUUUAUGUUAGUGAUAAGCCUGGGAAUCAUGACUAUGAUUUGUUGAAAAAGAUGGUCUUGCCUGAUGGGUCUGUGUUACGGGCUCGUUUGCCCGGAAGGCCUACUGCGGAUUGUUUGUUUAAUGAUCCGGCGCGUGAUGGGGUGAGUUUGCUUAAGAUAUGGAACAUGAAUGCUUAUGGCGGGGUGCUUGGAGUGUAUAACUGCCAAGGUGCUGCUUGGAGUGGUACUGAGAAGAAGAAUGCUUUUCACCAAAAGGAUUCUGCUGCUAUUACUGGCUAUGUUAGAGGUCGUGAUGUUCACCUCAUAUCGGAGGCUGUUGUCGGAGACGGUGAUUGGAAUGGUGACUGUGCCUUUUAUGCUCACCAUUCCGGUGAGCUUGUGAUUCUUCCUCAUAAUGUUGCUAUGCCUUUGACACUCAAGGUGUUGGAACAUGAGAUAUUUGCUGUUGCGCCUAUUAAGGUUUUGGGUGGUGAUGGACACAGGUUUGCUCCUAUUGGGCUUGUGAACAUGUUUAAUGCUGGUGGAGCGGUUGAGAGGCUCGUGUACGAUGAUGGCAUUGUUCGUUUCGAGAUUAAAGGGUGCGGCAAGUUUGGCGCUUAUUGUUCGAUUAGACCAACAAGGUGUUUGUUGAAAGACAAUGUUGUAGAUUUCGAGUAUGAUAAUGAUUCUGCAUUGCUGAGUUUCGCAAUAGAUUAUUUACCACAAGACGGACACAGUGUUCACCAAGUUCAGAUUGAGUUAUGA